AUGUCAACAACCAACUCCGACGGUGUUUCCGUCACCUUCGCCUCGCAUCGGACCGGCGCCCCAGAUCUGCGGCUGAUCCACUAUAACGAUGUCUACCAUGUCGAGCCCGGAUCUGCAGAACCAAUUGGCGGCGUUGCUCGCUUUCAAUCCCUUGUGAGCUACUACCGUGAAAGCCCGCGCUUUGCCGGCCAGCCCAACAUCCUUACCCUGUUCUCCGGCGACGCGUUCAAUCCUAGCCUGGAGAGCACCGUUACAAAGGGAACACAUAUGGUCCCUUUCCUGAACAAAAUCGGAACUGACGUGGCAUGUGUGGGAAAUCAUGAUCUGGACUUUGGCGUCGAACGGCUCCACUACCUUGCCAGUCAAUGUCAUUUCCCUUGGCUCCUGGCCAAUGUACUCGACCCUGCUUUAGGAGAUGGAGUUCCGAUCGCGGAUUGCGGAAAGACCUGUAUGCUGACCUCUUCAAAUGGUAUAAAGAUUGGGGUGAUAGGCCUAGGGGAAAGGGAAUGGCUGGAAACAAUCAACUCUCUCCCCCCGAACUUGACCUACAAGUCUGCGACGGAGACUGCCAAAGUGCUGGCUCCGCGACUUCGUGAGGAGGGAGCAGAAAUGGUGGUAAUUGUCUCUCACCAACGCGAGCCGAACGAUGUUAAGCUCGCAACAAAUCUGCCGUCCGGCGUGGUGGAUAUUAUUCUCGGCGGCCAUGACCAUUACUAUGCCCAUAGCGUUGUCAACGGCACCCAUGUGCUUCGAUCUGGCACCGAUUUUAAACAGAUAAGCUAUCUGGAAGCCUUUCGCAAGCCUGAUGGUGCACCCGGAUGGGAUUUUAACAUCACUAGGCGAGAUAUUGUGCAGUCUAUCCCGGAGGACCCCGGGGCACUCGCACUUGUUGAUAGCUUGACUUCUAGUCUCAGACCAAAGCUUGAAGAGCCAAUCGGAUAUACUUUGGUACCUUUAGAUAGCCGAUUCUCUACAGUAAGGCAACGUGAAUCGAAUUUCGGGAAUUUUGUCUGUGACUUGAUGCGCCACUACUACGCCGCAGACUGCGCGAUGAUGGCGGGGGGCACUAUGCGUGGUGACCAGAUAUAUCCCCCGGGAGUGCUGCGUUUAAAGGAUAUUUUGAAUUGCUUCCCCUAUGACGAUCCAGUGGUCCUGCUACGACUUAGUGGACAGGCCCUGCUCAGUGCUCUGGAGAAUGGUGUAAGUGCUCUUCCUGCGCUUGAAGGUCGCUUUACCCAGGUAUCGAAUAUUUCGUUUGGGUUCAAAUGCCAUGCACCCCCUGGCUCUCGCAUUACCUUUGCUCGUGUUGGUGAUCGGCCGAUUGAACUCCAGCGAGAUUAUACUCUUGCCACACGAGGCUACAUGGCUCGUGGGAAGGAUGGGUUUUCGUCCUUGCUUGUUCAGUCCGAGGGCGGCCACGUAGAAGAGCUGGUAUCAGAGGAAAGCGGAGUGUUAGUUAGUACCAUUCUACGCCAAUACUUCAUGAGUUGGAGAGUUCUCGGGAAAUGGAGUCGCCGGAUUCCCAGCCUUCACCGGCACUGGGUCCAGCGUCCUUUUGAUACUGCGUCACCGGUCUCAGAGAAAUCACCCAGCCACCUGCGGACCUUGUGCCGAGAGACGCCUAAUCAUGGGUGCAUCCCGCAUAAUGCAAACGGGGGCAGUGGGAGCAGCAGUGAUGCCAUGGAUUCCGAUUCAGACGAGAAUCCUGAUGCUGUUAUUCUCUGUUCGCCCACAUUAAGGACUCACUCGGUCACCCUCCCUGCGCGGUCAGCUGUAGAAGGAGAUUAUCAUCUGCAGCUGGCACGUCGGGUUCUUCGUAAAUGGAUGCGACAUGCCGGCUUGAAUCCCGACGUUUUAGAUCCCAUGCACGGUGAGGGUGAAUUUAUGCCUCCCUUGACAUCGGGGAUUUCUCCUCGACUUGAAGGUCGCAUUGUGAUAGAGUGA